GGCGAGAAAGCAGGAAGAAGAGCCAAUGAGAUCUCAAGGAGACUCAUUAUUUUCGAAGACUAAGGACGAUCAAUCAAAUCCAGAAGCUUCUAUCUACUAGCUGUAGAGACGUUGAUGAUUAGCUCUUCUUCUAUGCGUGUCGCGGCUGCUUUCCUCCUUGUCCUCCUCUUCCUCGUCGACGUUGUUUGCAGCGAGGAGUGCACAAGAACAUGCAUUGCGCAGAAUUGUGACACACUUUCUAUUCGGUACGGGAAGUAUUGUGGGAUUGGACACUCUGGAUGUCCUGGUGAAAACCCUUGUGAUGAUCUUGAUGCUUGUUGUAUGGUCCAUGACAACUGCGUUGAGGCAAAUGGUAUGACUAACGUAAGCUGCCAUAAGAAGUUCAAGCAAUGCCUAAACAGGCUUAGCAAAUCGAUAAAGGAAUCCAAAAGCAAAAAGGUCGGCUUUUCCAAACAAUGCCCUUACUCACAAGUCAUACCAACUAUGAAUCAAGGAAUGGAUAUCGGCAUCAUGUUCAGUCAACUAGGCAAUGAUCUCAGAACCGAGCUCUGAGUUUUGCUGCGCAUUUACUCUUGGCCUAAGAGGAGGAGGAGGCAUCACGUUGGGACUUGGUAGUUUUAGAAGAUUCUUUGGUAAUGAUGAUGAUUACCUCUAAUUGCCAUUGCAAGUCGCUGCUAGAUUAGCUUAAUUCAAACACAUUUGGAUGAUUUAUGACACAUGUUAUUCUUGGAAACUACUAUAAGCAGCUGAUGUGACUUGCUAGUCUUAAUCAGAAAAGUCUUCUCUAUUCUUAAGGUCAAGAAAUGAAUUAUGAUCAUAAUACAUUGCUAAAGUCAGUAAUUGUGCCUUCUAACACUGGCGACAAUGAUUAUGUUGUAUCCAUAUUGGUUAUCUAUUUCUAAGUUGACGUCAUUUAAGAAUAUAUAAAUUGGUUAUAUAUUUCUAAGCUGUAUUCAUAAAUAUGCUUACAAUUAUGACAUCAUGUACUAUCUACAAGCUCACCCAAUCACCAAGUUCAUCAACUUUUGGUGCAUUUACGUAAUCAGUCUAUGAUGAUUAUUUCCUUGUUUCUUUAAUGUAUUUUGUGUAAUCUUCGAUUUUUCCUUGUGUACUA